CAUGCUGUUUGUUUCUCCCCACAGAUUAGGGAAAAUGAAGGAAAGACUUUUGUUUGUGUGUCUCAUAGCAGGCUUGGGUGCUUCUCUCGCAGCCGACGAGGCGGAGGUCGCACCCAGGCCGCGUUCUCGUUUCCCCGAAGACGCUCGUCUCAUCGCAGCCAACAGCCGCAAGACGAUCACGACUGUCACCACCUCGACCACCACAGCACCCGUGACCUGUGCCACAUCCAUCAAUCCCGUGGCAUGUGGCAAGAGACGCAGGAGAUUAUUCUCGCAGAAUCAGAACAAAAAACUAGCUGCUAUGGAUUCUCCAGGUGACCUACUGGACAGUUCUCUGGACGCCGUACAGUCCGACACCGCGGAGAACGAGAAGGCCCGUCUGUCGUACACAGUUUGGUGGUCCAUUACUACCACCCUAACGCACAUCACGACUGUCAAUACAGGCGUCACGUUCUCUGUCUCGUACAUGUGCUCUGUUGCUGGGGCCACAUAUCCGGCCUUGUGUGCUGGAUAAAAAAUUAAUUUCUCUGACGGACAUAGCUCUUCUCCUGACCGUGGAUUCCUAAUGUGCUGACAUUUCAGACAAAUUCUACGAAUAUACUAACAGUAAAUUUUAAUCAUCAAAUUUGAUGGUCGUUUUUAAAUAAAUAAAUUCAAUGCACGAAACUAACGACUAUUGUGUUUCAUUUAUGUUAAAAAGUCAAAAUUCACAGGAAAUAUUAAUAAUCUACAAUUCAAUAACCAUACAGUGACACGCAAAAAAAAAAAUAAAAAACAAACACGCAAACAAAAUAAAAAAUGGAAGCCAUACCUACAUACUCUAACUACAAACCAUUAGCGAACAUCUAGAUUGUCUUUUGAUGAUAAGUAAAUGUUAUGAUUUACUUUUAUAUUUAUCACUUUUAUCGCAUCCAUAUGAUAUAGAUACGACAAAAUUCGACGAAAUUCAUUACAAUAAAUGUUACAAUGGCAUGCGCCGUCACAUUCCUCAAUAACCGACGCCUUAAUGUUCUUCUUCAAAAAGAUAUUAGUGAUAGUUGACUUCUCUGUUAACUUAUUUUGUUCGCAUUUUAGAAGAUAAAUAAUAUAGAAAUUGUACGUAAGGUGGGUCAGAUGUAUGUUAUGAAUAAAUUGUAUUAUUGCUUCA